GCUCGCUGAACGUCCUUCUGCGCAUGCCCAGCAGGACAGAAGUUGCUGUCUUGUUUGGCUUGGAGCUGUUGUUUAUUUUUGUUUUCUUGUUUUAUUUUCUUCCUUUUUGUUAAACACGAUGGCCGGCACCGCCCUGAAGAGGCUGAUGGCCGAAUAUAAACAACUGACCCUGAACCCACCUGAAGGCAUCGUCGCAGGUCCGGCCAACGAGGAGAACUUCUUUGAAUGGGAGGCGCUCAUCAUGGGUCCAGAAGACACGUGUUUUGAAGGAGGUGUGUUUCCCGCCAUCCUCAGCUUCCCGUCUGACUACCCCCUCAGUCCUCCCAAGAUGAGGUUCACCUGUGACAUGUUUCACCCCAACAUCUAUCCAGAUGGUCGGGUGUGUAUCUCCAUCCUCCACGCUCCUGGAGACGACCCGAUGGGUUAUGAGAGCAGUGCAGAGAGGUGGAGUCCGGUCCAGAGUGUCGAGAAGAUCCUGCUGUCUGUGGUCAGCAUGUUGGCAGAACCCAACGAUGAGAGUGGAGCCAACGUAGACGCGUCGAAGAUGUGGCGUGAGGACCGGGAGCAGUUCUACAGACUGGCUCAGAAGAUUGUUCGCAAGUCUUUAGGCUUGUAGUGAUGAUGUCAUCACGCCGCUCAGUGUGUGUGUUCACUGCUGGGGUAUGGACUGUGCUUGUUACCAUGGAUACCACUGACACGCACACAGCUGCAGAUGGACAGAUCAAUGAACUGAUGGAUCAAAGACUGGAAAUUGAUCAGAUCUUCAUGUUGAUGUCUUCAGGACAGUUUCAGACACAAACUGUCUUGACCUCACUUCCUGUUUCCUGUGUCAAACCCCACCCCUGUCCUGACUUCACUUCCUGUUUCCCGUGUCAAACCCCACCCCUGUCUUGACCUCACUUCCUGUUUCCCGUGUCAAACCCCACCCCUGUCUUGACUUCACUUCCUGUUUCCCGUGUCAAACCCUAGCCCUGUGGUCCUUCUGUUUGUCGUGUGCAGUGCUUUGUUUUCUGCACUGUUUGAUUUAUGUUUGUCUUGAUGUCUCUGUCCCAUUAGCUGCUGGCUGUGUCUCCGUCUCAUCCGCUCGUCGUGUCUUCAGAUUAGCUCUCUGUCCUCCUGUGGGUCUGGAUGUUUGGGUUAGACCCCAGAGCUUUCUCUGGCUUUAAUAAAAACAGAAGAAUGAUC